AUGGUAGGUAAUGGAGACUUCCUACCGUGUACAACUUAUUGUCCUCAAGCCCAAAUUACUCUUGCAUCUCUGAAAUUUCCCAUUGAUCUAUACCCCUUAGACCUCUCUGGUACAGAUAUUGUGUUAGGAGUGCAAUGGCUUACACAAAUAAGCCCAUUUAUUAUGGACUACAAUGGGCCCUUUAUGCGGUUCAUGUGGGAAGGCAACAUGGUCGAACUAAAGGGAGAACAUAGCUCCAGCCCCAUCCCAAUCACUGCCCACCAGUUACGACGCUUACAUCAUACAAAUCGUGUUGAAGCUCUUUUCCAACUAAUACUAGAGCCUUCUUCACCAACACUACCCUUACCCCCUCAAACUCAACAGCCACAAACAAAUUCCACCAUUCCUUCCAUUGCCCCCCCCCCAUUCCAAUCAUUACUCAUAAAAUAUUGCACCUUAUUCACCACCCCUACAUCCCUUCCACCCUCGCGAAGCACAGACCAUUCCAUUCCCCUACUGCCCAAUACCCCUCCCAUUUCAGUUCGACCAUACCACUAUCCUCAUUUCCAAAAACAGGAAAUCAAGACACAGGUUGCAAAGAUGCUUGAAUCUGGGUUUAUCACUCCCAAUAUCAGUCCAUUCUCAUCUCCGGUGCUCUUAGUCAAAAAGAAGGACGGCACAUGGCGAUUUUGCGUGGACUAUCGUGCUCUAAACCCCGCCACUGUCAAGGACAAAUUCCCCAUCCCAACCGUUGAUGAAUUGUUGGACGAACUCGGUCAUGCUUCAUGGUUUUCCAAGCUUGAUCUCUUCUCAGGAUUUCAUCAGAUAUUGAUGGUGCCUUCGGAUUCAAAGAAAACAGCGUUCAGAACCCAUAACAGCCAUUUCGAGUUCAAGGUUAUGCCCUUUGGGUUGUGGCGUUUAGUACUAGCGAGCUUUGAUAGGAGGUCAGCUCUGGUGUUCUGUUCUCGCGGUACAUGUUGUAUAGUGAACUCGUCGAAGGACGAGAUCUGCUGUGAUGCCAUGUGGAAAUACCGCUGGAGGAGCACGUCCUUGGCCUGGCGUGAGCUCGGCUAUGAAGUCAGCCAGGCAUUGAGCUUUCAGGGCACCGCGACUUUCAUACUAGAUGCCAAACUCGGACAAUUCUACCGACCAGGCUAUCAUCCGUCCGGCGAGCUCCAGCUUUCUCAAGAUCUGCUUGAUUAG